AUGGGCUUAAUGGAGAGGCUUCUUAAGGACUAUUUUGAUGGAAAGGAACGGAACAAAGCUGUGAACCCAGAUGAGGCAGUUGCUUAUAGUUAUGCUGUACAAGGAAGCAUAUUGAGUGGAGAGGGUGGUGAAGAAACUAAAGCUGCUCCACUGACCCUUGGAAUUGAAACUGUUGGUGGACUGAUGACCAAGUUGAUCCCAAGAGACACUGUUAUCCCAACAAAGAAAUCGCAGGUUUUCACCACUACACAAGGAUCAGCAGACUACCGUGUCCAUUCAAGUAUGGUCUUUGAAGGUGAAAGGAGUCUUACAAAGGAUUGCAGGAAUCUCGGGAAAUUUGAUCUAAAUAGAGCAGAAUUCCUCCAGCUCCAAGGGUUGGCAGUCAAGGCAAGUGCACUAACAUUAUCACACCAAAGGAUGGGAGCUGUGAUGAGAGAAAGAUGA